AUGGCCGACGAACCCCAAUCUGGUAGCCCCAGGUCGGACCCUGUCGAUUCCAAGGAGGACGCCGAGACUGCCGCUGCUCGCAAGGAGCUCAGACAUGCCGCCAUAUCGGAGAAUACCGUCGCCGAUUCUGUUGGCCAGACUGGUCGCACAACACCCGAGGACGACCAAGAAGACGACCUGAAAGACCGCAUCUCAUCGCCCAAGAAGAAGCGCGCACGAGACCAACUAGACGACGUCGAGGCUGAAGAGCUCGACACUCACAGUGUAGCUUCGACCGAUUCGGCCAAAGAUCGGGCGUUGAGGUCGGAGCCAGAAAAGAAGCGGCACAGAGACGAAGUCGCAGACGAAACCGUGAAGACCACCGCCGAUGCUGAGAAGGGCUCGGAUACGGUUGAAAACGAGGCGACGACAGAAAAGAUUACUGCUGAUGUAUCGGAUCAAACAGACCCAAAAACAAAGACGUUGCCCGUCUCCGAAAAAGACAAGACAACAUCCUCUUCAGCGUUUGCUAGCUCUGGAUUUGCCAAACUCGCUUCGUCAAGCGCUUCUCCCUUUGGAGCUCUAGGCGGUGGCAGCGCGAAGAAGAGCGUGUUUGGCGGUUCGGCUGCUGCCGCUUCCCCCUUCGCGUCCGCAUCGCCUCAGAAGCCUGCCACGCCUGCAGCCACACCCACGCUUAGCUUUGGAUCAACGGGCGAGCCAGCAGCUGCAUCACCUUUCGCCAGCGCUGCACCUGGAGCGAAUGGCUUCAAGUCCGUUUUUGGUGGCGGCGGUGGAUUCGGGAGUGCACUCGCCGGCAACCCUCUCACCAGUUUUGCGAAGCCAGGCGCAUCCUUCAAAAGCGAGAAGCCUGCGAAACCGUUCGGCGCGCCAGAAAGCGACGCCGAGGACGAGGACGGCGACGAGGAUGGCGACGAAGAGCCUGAAUCAGCUGCCGAUGACAAGGACGCCAAGGAAGACUCUGACAAGGAAGACGCCAAGGUGUCAGAGGAGAAGAAGAAAAGCAGAUUACAGCGAGUCGCCGUUGAUGAUGGAGAAGCUGGCGAGAUCACGGUCCUAGCCGUCCGAUCCAAGAUCUAUCACCUAGUCAAGGAAGAGGGCUGGAAGGAGCGAGGCGCCGGAAUGCUCAAGAUCAAUGUACCUGAGUCAUGUGUUUCAUUCGAUGACGAUGGCGUCCCCAUUCCAGGAUCUUUUGAUGCCUCCGGCUUGGAGGAUGAUGAGGAGGCUGCUGCUGGCAGCAAGACCGUCCGUCUUGUCAUGAGGCAAGACAGCACGCACCGCAUACUGCUGAACACCACAGUAUUUCCGGCACUGGACUUCCAAGAAAAGGCAUCUCUCAAGGCCGUGGGCGUUUGCUUCACUGCUUUCGAGGGAGAAGACGCUAAACCUGUGACUGUGCAGGCCAAGAUGAGCAUUGCAAACGCUAAAAACUUUAUGAGCGAAAUCGGCCUGAUCCAGCGCGAAUUGGCGAGUGCUUGA